AUGGAUCUCAUUGAAAAGAUCUAUUCAGCUAGUAGCAAGCAACACUGUUUUAUCAUUGUAGCUACAGACUAUUUCACCAAAUGGGUGGAGGCCAAGCCUGUUAAAUCCACAACAUCUCAAGAAAUCAUCAUCUUCAUAGAAGAGCAGAUUACACAAAGGUUUGGCAUUCCAGAAUCAAUCACAACUGACAGGGGAUCUUAUUUAAUAUCUGGAGAGAUGCUAGAUAUGGCAGAAGCAUUCAAAUUCAAGCUGCUUCAAUCCACUCCUUAUUAUGCUCAAGCUAAUGGACAGGCAGAAUCAAGUAACAAGGUGAUCAUCAAUAUUAUCAGGAAAAUGCUUGAGAAGAAUCCAAAGCAGUGGCAUGAGAAGUUAUUAGAAACUCUGUUGGCAUAUAGAACUUCAAGGAGAGAAGCAACUGACAUGACCCCAUAUGCCCUAACUUAUGGUCAUGAUGCAAUUUUGCCUAUGGAGAUAGUAGUCCAGUCUCUCAGAAUUACUCACCAACAUAAUCUAGUUGGAGAGGACUACUCUCAAGCCAUGCUGCUAGAACUGGAGGGAUUAGUCUAG